AUGUCCCCGGAAAACCCCGACCCUGGUCAAGAAGCUUUAGACCGCCAUGAAGCCGAUUCCAGGGCCAAGUGUGACGACGUCCCCUAUGAUCGCGAAGUUGAGCAGCCCUCCACAGCCGUCGGCCAAACCAAAUGCUCUAUCUGUCAAAGCACCUUCCGAAGACCUGAGCAUUUAAAACGUCACUUUCGCAGCCACACGAAAGAAAAGCCGUUUGAAUGUGCGCAAUGUGGCCGUCAUUUUUCGAGAACUGAUACGCUACAUCGCCAUGAAUUAAGCCAUCAUACCAUAGGGGCCGACGGGGGAAAGGAUCGUACGCACCGAAUCACAGUCAAGACAUUCCGAGCGUGCUAUAAAUGCGCCAUUGCCAGAGUGCGAUGUAGUGGUGGUAUGCCAUGCUCGCGCUGCGAGAACCGAUCUCUUGAGUGCCAAUACCCAACCGAGCGACGUUCGAAAGCCAAAUUACAGAAGAAUGGGGUGUCAACCUUAUCCGUCGAAAAUGAUGAUGUAUCGUCUGGACAGUCUACGCGCUCAUUCUCUACUCUUUCGACGAACGCCCCCGAGACGUCGCAUAAGCGCAGCGGCGAGAACUCGGCCUCUCAGUCUUCUGGAUAUCAGAUGGGCCAAUUUCAGCUUCAAUUGACAGAGCCUAAUCCUUCCAUCCCUUCCGAACACCGUCCUUUGCAGGCCAGUUCCCAGGACCAUACCCAAACCCAAGCGGGAACCACGGAAGGUACUAUUCCUGAGCCUACUGCGGCUUUGUCUCAGACAAGUAUUAUCAGAGUAUCGGAGAUAGUCCCGCAGUCGUUUCCCUCAUUUUCCGGUCAAAGCCAUCAGCUCUAUUCACCCUUGCCAAAUUUGCGAACGCCAAAUUCCCCCUACACCGAUAGGAGACUCACGUCCGGCUGCUCACCAGAAUGCACGCCGUUAGAUAUCGUCAGCUCCGGCAGCACUAUUUCCGGAAUUGUGGUGACAGGUGGCCAGCACGAGCAAAUGGGUUUCCCACAGCCCUUCCUAGACCAGUCUACAGUUUCCACAAUCAAUUGGCUUUCUAACGAUCUAUUCCUUGGAUCCCCCAACGACCAGGGUCUUGUGUCCGCACCGCCUUCGUAUUCCCUCCAACCCGGUGCCUUUGAUGGCUCUUUGAACCAGACAACAUGGCUUCCUCCAGUCAUUAACACAGAACAUAUGGGCUCAUCCCUGUCAGGAAACAUUUCCCAAACUCCUUCUGGAAACACAUCACUGGGUGACGAUAUGGAUAACUCAGCUAACUUUGUUCAAGGCCCAGACCCGCGAUCCCAAUCGCGAUCUGAGUCUAGCAAGCGACCGGCAGACUGGUAUGCAGAUGAACCCAGCAGGCUACUUCUUAAGCACCGGCGGAAUCGACCAUCUUGGCCAGUACACGCCCCAGAACCACUGGAUAUAUUUCUGAAAUUUCAAAGCAGUGACUCCAAGGUCGGGUUCUCGUUCCCAGUCUCCCAAGAGGCCAAGGUGGAUCCUGCAUCUGAGCCUUUGAAGACAUGGCAAAUCCAACCAUCAACUUACGACCAGAUAUACAACUCCUUCGUUCGGCUAUGUUUUGCAGUAGGGAGUCAUUCCCAAGAUCUCUGUGAACGAAAUGGGACGGUCGCAGCCUUUCAUGAGCUCCUUCGCCGGGCUAUCUUUGUUGAGAAAGAGAAGUGUCCUCCUGAGCGGACACCACUCUGGUUACUCCAGGCAAUAUUACUCAACUGUGUUGGCAGACUUCAUGGAGGUAGUGAACGAGGAAGAAUUUCAGCACUUGGUGACUUCACGGAUCUCACUAACCUUGCCACUCGUGAGAGACUGCUAUGCUGCCCAGGGAAAAUAAAUAACUCACCGAACGAGGCAUCCGUGGGUCAAGAAUGGACCUUAUGGGUUGAAGAGGAGUCUCGAAAGCGAACAGGUUAUCUAAUAUGGCUCGUGGAUUCCACAAAUGGGUACCAUUUCGACAACAACCCGUCUUUUUCUCUUGAUGAUGGCCAAGCGCCGCUUCCUUCAGAUGAACAUAUUUGGCAGGCGGGUUCAGCACAAGAAUGGGAAAGACUUUAUGAGGCGACUUCAGGCCGAGAACAAAUAUCUCUCUACGAUGCUGCGCUCACACUGUACAUUGAAAAAAGACUUGUUCCUGAAAUAGGGGAUUUUAAUCAUACUCUGAUUAUUCACGCUUUAUAUCACCGCAUGUGGGAGGUUGGAGAAUACUUCCGCCGGCCCUUAUCAUUCUGGAACCCCACGGCAAAGAAGCAAUCCCGCAGAUUAGCUAUUCCGUCAGGGUCUGUAUGGCUUCCAGGGAUCCCCUCAUAUUCGAAGUGGAGGAACAGCGCGUGCGAUUGCUUGGAUAUUCUUCAUUGGAAAGCAAGUGAUCUUGUCGCAAAAGCAAACGGCCACGAGCACCCAACGAUUCUGCAUCUUCAUACAGCCCGAAUCGUUCUCCUAGCGCCAUUCCGUGAAAUACGAUUGCUAGUGACCUUGCUUGUAACGGGUAAAGCUAAUUGGGCUGACCGGCAGCAAGUGAUCGAAUGGCAUUACAUCUUGCGUUGGAUAAAACACGACCAAUAUAAGGCGCGUCUGGCUAUUAUACACGCCGGCUUAGUUUUAUGGCAUGUUCGCAGGUUCAAAACCAAUGCAUUCCACGAGCCAGUUGCGACCUACCUGGCGAUUCUUACUUUAUGGGCUUACGGGCUUUCCUAUUCUCAAGCACCUCCGGACAUCACUACUCACGGUGAUACAAGUCGGGAGUCAUCCGGCGAAGCUGCUAUAAUCAACCUUGACCAACCUUGCGACGAUGACCUUGUGCAACUGUUUGUACGCGAUGGUCAGAACAUGAGGGGAAUAUUAGCCGGUGUGGGAGAUCUUUGCUCCUUGCAUGGCACAGAGCAGAUCCUUCGAGUUGGAUGUGAGACCCUUGCCGGGCUUUCAUCCUGGGGGAUAUCUAAAGAGUUCAUGGUGGUCUUGAUGAAACUUGUAGAGUUGGUUUCUUGA